AAUAUAAUUCCUGGAGAAUCUUCAGAGCCCAGCUCAAUCACAUCAAGGUCAGGGGUGAUGGCUGUUCUCUCCAUCCUCGUCCUGCUGGCUCUAACAGAUGCAGCCACAGGUCUGCUCUGGAAAAAUCACAUUCAUUACCAGGCGAAUAUGAGCUGGACCGAUGCUCAGACAUACUGCAGGAGCCAUGAAGUAGAUCUGUCAGUUUUUGUCACAGAACGGCAAUUUAACCUUUUUGCAAAUCAUUCAGCUGGGAUGAGUGGCUGGAUUGGCCUUAGAAAAAAAGAAGGUGAGACAACGUUUACAAUGUGGUCUGAUGGAAGUAUACUGGAAUACACAAAGUGGAAAGAUGGGCAACCUGACAAACCUGACACAGAAGACUGUGUGUUCACUGGCAGUGAGUGGGAAGAUGGUGACUGUACAAAUGUUAACAACUUCUUCUGUUACACUUGGACACCUCGGUUGUUUGUGGUACAGGAGAUGAUGAACUGGGAAGAGGCUCUGGUGCACUGCAGAACACACUACACUGACCUAGUAAGCCUUGACUCAGAGCUAGAUUACUUUGUGGUCAACAGCAGGAGAAGGGAAAUUGUGACACCCACUUUCUGGACCAGUCUACGAUUCAUGGAUGGCUCAUGGUUCUGGGUGAACCAUUAUUGGGUUCAAACAACUUUAUUGCCUUCAUGCCCUGCCAAGCCUUUCCGGUGUGGAGCGUGGAACAUUAAAGCCGGUGUCUGGCAGAACAGAGACUGCGAGGAGAAAAUGAACUUCAUUUGUUAUGACUACAUUUGAGGUGAAGAGGAUCACUGGCAAGACAAGACUGCUAACAAGACGCUGAAGAAACAAAGAACAGAGAUGCUGAGCAGAUUCAAUGAACUAACAUAUAAUAUUAUAAACUGAAUUAUUAUAUUAGAAUUUUACUUCAGUACUCAAUAUUUACUUCUACACCUGUUGUAGUAAAUAUGUGUGUUUUUUUUUUUUUUUUUGUGUAUGUAAAAUGUGUUCUUUAGUAAAUGUUUGUUUAAUCCACUGUAAGGAUACCGUUGCCCAUAAGUGUGAUAUGCCAUAUUCAAUAUUCAGUAUGUGUUGUAAGCUUUUUCUAAGGAUAUGUGUAUUUUAUCCUCCAUUGUAGUGAUAAUAAACAUUAAAUAAAA